AUGUCCUCAGCAACUGAAAUUGUAGAUCGAGGUAAGGAUGAACUUCAACAAUACAGAAAGUUUGAAGUUCAUGAAGGUAUCAUAUUUUGUAUCGAGCUUUCACCCUCCAUGUAUCAGAGGUCAAAGGAGCUCAACAAUAAGGUACAGUUGAUUGAAAUAUUAGAGACGUUAUUGGAGCUCAUGUCUCAGGUAAUAAUUACACUUCCAAGUACUGGUAUUGGUUGCUUCUUUUACAAUUGUAAGGAUAAGAACUCUGCCAACGGUAUUUAUGAGUUCUUGCCGCUUGAGGAUAUCAGUGCAAGUAAUAUGAAAAAACUAAGUGAUACGCUGGACGAUUUGCACAACGACAGAGUCGAAAUUGAGGACGCAUUCCCUUUUGACGAAGGGUGUCCUAGCUCAUUGGAAAACGUAUUCACAUUAGCACAAGAACAAUUUCUGAGGGAAGUUGCGGGACAAAAGGCUUACAAUAAUAAGAAAAUAUUCCUAUUUACUAAUGUCGAUAAGCCGAAAGAAGCUAGUGACUCAGAGGCAAGAUCAAGGCUACGUAAAGUGGUUGAGGAUUUGAAUGAUUAUUUUAUCAACUUUGUAACGUUUUUCAUUGGCACAGAGGAACAUCCAUUUGAUCAAUCUUUCUACAGCGACGUACUUAGGCUAGGUGCUCAGGAUAAAUCUUCAGUGGGUCUUCUUUCCUUCCAAGGUCCUAACACUUCGCCCAUUACCGCUGCAUAUAUUAAGUCGAGAGCUUUGAGAAAGAAGGAAAUCAAGAGGAUCCAAUUUCAAUGUCCUCUAAUAUUGGACGAGCGUACAGACCUCAUCAUUGCAGUGAAGGGUUAUACAGUGAUAUCUCAUGAAAAACCGGGCACACGCUAUAAGCUGGUCUAUGAUCACGAAGGUUUGAGGAAGGAGGCAUAUUCACAUCGUAAAUACCUGGAUAGCAAAACGGGUGAAGAUUUGACAGACAAAACUUGUAAAGUUUUCAAAUAUGGAGAUCAAGAUAUAGAAUUAUCUGAGGAGGACUUGGCAAAAAUUGACGAGGACUACUCACCAUUUGAAUCAUUUCUGAAGCUGAUUGGAUUUCGUUCAACACACCAAUGUCUAUUUUAUUAUAACAAUAUCAGCUCUGCAUCUUUUGUGGUUCCCGAUGAAACGAAGAUUGAGGGCUCAAUAAGGGCCAUGGCAUCUCUUUUCAGAAUUCUGACUAAAAAGCGGAAGUCUGCGUUGCUUUGGGGGAAAACAAAGAACAAUUCCAAUCCGUCAGUGUUUGUUUUAACUCCAACAUCCAAGAACGAAAAGAAUGAAGGUUUCUAUUUGAUAAAGAUGCCCUUUAUGGAUGAAAUUCGCAAAUUUCCAAGUGUAACCCACUAUGAGGAUUUUACAAAUUCUGAAGAAUAUGAUCAAAUGCUCAAAGUCACGGACACCAUAAUCACUUAUUUUACCCUCCGUAAUGUGUACAGGCCGUCUGAGUUCAAAAAUCCUAACCUUCAGAAACAUUUUCGUAUUCUACAUGAUUAUUUACUGCAAAUCGAGGCAAAAAAAGAAACCGAUCAUUUGAAUACCUUACUGGAAGAAGAUGACACAUUAUGCAAGCUCUACCAAAUUCGUGAAAAAAUCAAGGAAUCGGCAACUGCGGAUGACGAUAUGAAGAAAAGACUGAGUAACUACAUCAAAGCAUGGAAUAGUAUCUAUAAUAAGGAAUACAACCAAGGAGCUAAGCUGGAAAUUCCCUCCAAGAAGUUUAAGAAGUAA